CUUUCCUCAGCAUCCUCAACCGCCUCUCUCCCAUACCAUCUCACCAUCCGCUUUUCAAACUCCCUCCCAGAUCUAGACCUAGACAUUGCGUCUCCACAAACCACAACAGUAUUAUCUCUGAAAAAACUCAUAAGAGAGCGCCUUUCCUCGCGGAACCGCCUUCGCUUGAUCUACCAGGGCCGCCUCCUCCUCGAUUCCUCCGCCCUCAGUUCCAGCAUCAAACUACCUCCUCCCCCAUCUUCAUCCCCACCCACUCAUGAGAAUAGUUCCAAAGGCAAAGGAAAGGGCAAAGCUGUGGACAAUGGCGUGGCUCCCGUGAGAGUAUACAUCAACUGUUCCAUUGGCGAUGAGCUCUCGGCCGAAGAACUCGCCGAAGAGCAGGCUGCUGCGGCCAACCCCCCUGAUGAAUCAUCGAGUGCAUCUUCGUCUCAUCCAAAUGGCCAUCCCUCAUCAUGGACGCGCCCUCGUCCACGAGGCUUCGACCGCCUCCUCCAAACGGGCUUUACGCAGUCGGAAAUCGAGACGCUACGCACGCAGUUCGCCUCCAUUCGCACAGAAGGCUUUGCGCCAGAUGCCAUGCCUUCGCCAGACACUUUGCGCAAUAUGGAAGAUGAAUGGAUCGACAGCAACGCUGGGGGUGUUCCUUCGGCGAAUGCUGCUGCCGAGGAUGAUCUCAACGGCAUGUCCAACAUGCUAGACGUCAUGAUUCGUGGCAUGAUGGUGGGAUUCUUCUUUCCCCUGGGGAGUCUGGCCUGGUUACUUCGCUCAGAUGUAUGGAGCGAAAAGUGGCAGGUCUUUGUGGGCUCUGGAGUGGCGCUGAGUUUACUGGUGGGAGUUGUCAUGAGCAUCACC